AUGCCCGAAGACCAGGAUUUUACCUCCUUUGACGAGGACAAGUGGAAGGCUCAAGAUGUGGCCGAUCAACGCGAGAUCUCACGCCUUUUGGAGCAGAGCCAGGAUGGAUCUAGCGGCGGCUUGAAGCUCGACGAUACCCCCUUCGAUCAGACGAACAAAGCCGACGAUGCGGAAGACUUCGAGGACAUUAGCGAUGACGAUCUACCCGACGAGGAGCCCACUGCCGGUGGCUCGCUCGAGAUUCCAUCCCUAACCGAUGAUGGUGGCACUAGUAACGAUGCCGAUGAUCUCUUUGGCGAGGGGCCGUCUUCGCCGACUGAUCCUAUCGGAGACCACCCAUCCCCCGGACCACGCGUGCGUGAUACCGAAGCUGGUGACGAAACCCAACGAACAGAUACGGGAUUAAGCUUCUCUGGAAUGAACUUUGAUCCCGACCCGCACAUGUACGGCGCCGCCAAUCAAGACCCCGAUAUUCCAGCGCCUGCCGAAACUGUUGAAGACUUGCUGAAGGAAAUGUGGCCCGCGUACAAGAAGGGACAUGUUCUUGUUUGGAGCGAGCUACUGCCGGCAAAAAGAGCUACAUGGAAGGGGAAAAAGCCGGUCAAGAAGCCAAAGCAUCUCGUCACAAGCAAGCUGAGUCUCGACCUAGCACCGGAUGAAGAAAAGCAGUUCCGCAUCCCAGGACCAGCAGCAACCAGCUCCCUCAAGCAGAGGCUGAUCGCAUAUGAUUCGAAGCGUCUAGUGCUUUGCGACAAGGACUCGGCCGAAAACGAAGAUGAGAUAGUCCAGUUUGAUAUCGAUCAAGAAUCCGACGGAGAGCCUGUCAUGGGCUAUACGAUGCGCGACAUUGAACUCGCCUGUCAGGAUUGGGGCAAUGAUAUCGAGACCUUUCAAGAACAGUUCCAGACACGUCUGGCUGCUGAGCUGAAGGAGAGUAAUCAAAAGAGACACCUGAAUGCCGACCAAGACGACGAAUGGGAUGCGGAGUUUUUGCAAGACUUUGGGGAGGAUACAAAAGUCCGAUCAAAGAAGCGCAAGUUUGUUGCAUCUGGUCUUCCCGAAAUACCUCGAUACACUGCGCCAUCGUUUGACAACUUCGAAGAAGCGACAAAACGCGGUGCGAAGCGGGUUCACUUGGACAUGAACGACCCUCAUCUCUUAAUAGAAUCGGAUUCGCAAACCAACGCAAAGCGCGCACGUCAAGAUGAUAAGAACAAGCAGACUGGCGCUGGACAUCUGGGACGCACCAUGGCGCAGCGAUUCAACCUUUCCAACGAUGAGGCGUAUGACUUGCUCAAGGAGAAUCAUCAAAGCAAGGUCCGCGCCACUCUUGGCAACAUUUCUGUGGAACACAGUAUGCCAGCUAUUAAGUUGACCUGGCCGUACUACAAGGUGCGGCUGCCAGGCACAACUGACGAGUAUCAUCGUCCUCGUUUUCGUUACAAGAAAUUCUCGCAUCACAGCAUUAAAUUCGAGAAACCUCAACAUCAGAAGCGCAAGAUGAUGAAGGGCAAGGCCCAUGAAGUAUUCCUCAAGUCAAAGGACUUGACUCUGGGUGACAACUCUACUGCCGUUCUCUUCGAAUACUGCGAGCCGAGGCCGCGAGUUUUAAACAAUUUCGGUAUGGGCACCAAGCUUAUCAACUAUUACCGCCGCAAAGAUGAGAAAGAUGAAGAGCAACUGCCCAAAUUGGAGCUCGGUGAAUAUCGUACUCUGUUGCCUGAGGAUCGUUCCCCGUUCUCGCUUUUUGGCACCGUGGAUGCUGGCGAGACUGUACCCACGCUGCACAACGAAAUGUACCGGGCUCCAGUCUUUAAGCAUGUCCCGAGAUCAAAUGACUUCUUGGUUGUCCGGAACACAACAGGUAUCGAGGGCUCGCGCUGGUAUCUGCACAAAAUUGAUCAUAUUCAUGCGGUAGGACAAGCGUUCCCGUCGGUUGAAGUUCCCGGGCCCCAUAGCAGAAAGGUCACGAAUGCUUCCAAGAAUCGUAUGAAAAUGCUCGCAUUCCGCAUGAUACGACACAGUCGAACAGACAAUUGCCAGCUAUCCGAAAUGACUCGGCAUAUUGCUGAAUCGACUGAUACGCAGAACCGCCAAAAACUGAAGGAGUUUUUGCAAUAUGACAGAGAAAGCGGGGAAAAGGGAAUGUGGCGCUUGAAGCCAGGCGAGGUGCUUCCUGAUGAAAAUUCUAUCCGCGCCAUGAUCAAGCCAGAAGAUGUCAGCUUACUGGAUGCCAUGCAGCUUGGUAUCAAGGAACUCGAGGAUGCUGGCUAUGACCCUCGAAACGCCACCAUUGAGGACGAAACUCAGGCGGCUGAGGAAGGGGAGGAAGAGGACGUGGAGGAGGACAGUAGUAAGAUUGCUAAAACUGCUGCUAAGAAGGCACAGGAGAAGCAAGAGGAAACGCUCGCAGACAAGAUGGCACCUUGGAAGACGACUAAGGCAUUCAUUGACGCAUGCGCCCAAAAGGCAAUGCUCCAACUGCACGGCGAGGGUGACCCGACUGGACAUGGAUUGGGCUUCAGUUUCAUCCGCACGUCCAUGAAGGGAGGAUAUAUCGAGGCUGUUCAGGGACCUCUCGCAACUUCCGCGGACGCUAUUGAACGCGAAAAGCGAGCCAAUGGUGGGCAUGCAUACAACGUGAAGAAGCAGCAAGCUAUGUACGAGGAAGGUAUCCGUGAAAUCUGGGAGAAGCAAAAGGCGACCUUGUCAGAUGGUACGGCACACGACGACAAUGAUGUUCAGCCGCAGGAAGACGAAGACGACCGAUUCAACGUUCAGGCGGCAGCGACACCGGCGCUCUUUGAUGACGGAAUCAGCCAGAUUAGCGGUUUGACUUCAUCCAGCCGUCACCAAAAGCGGGCGAUCCGAAUCAAGCGCGACUACCGGCUACCGGACGGAUCCAUCCAAACACGAUCGGAAGUGGUGCACGACCCGGUCGUCAUUUCUCAGUACAUGAAACGACGUACAGAGGCGGAAUUGGAGAUGAAAGACAUCUACAGCGUCCGUCCCACGGGUAAUGCCGACCAUGACCGUCUUGCAGGCAUUAGAAUCAAGAAGGAACUUGAGCGACUCGAGAAGAACAAGGCCCGACGACAAGCCCGAGAGCAACAGAAAGAGCUGCACCAAAAAGCAGCUGCCGGCGACGCAGGGUCACCUUCAACCGCAGGAGAUAAAAUCCCUACGGGCACAACUCGAAAGUGUGCCAAUUGUGGCCAGGUCGGACACAUUAAAACAAACAAGAAGUUAUGUCCUUUGCUCAACGGUACGAUGAAGGCCGACGCAGCAGCGGAGCACGGCGGUUUUGGCAGUUAUAAUGCUGGCACUGCAGGCUCGCCAUCGUGA